AUGACGCCUCCGACGCCCACCUCGACUCCCAACUCGCAGACUCACCACCAUAACAGCACCACCACUUCUCUCAACUCACACCAGAGCAGUAACAAUCAAAACUCACAUAACUCCAACAGCUCGGCAAACAGCAAGAAAGAGUCAGACAGAGUGAAGCGGCCCAUGAAUGCUUUCAUGGUCUGGAGCAGAGGUCAAAGACGUAAAAUGGCUCAAGAAAACCCCAAAAUGCACAAUUCGGAAAUCAGCAAACGCUUAGGAGCAGAGUGGAAACUGCUGUCCGAAGUGGAAAAGCGGCCUUUUAUCGACGAAGCAAAACGACUUCGAGCAGUGCACAUGAAGGAACACCCCGACUACAAGUACCGGCCUAGGCGAAAGACCAAGACACUGAUGAAGAAGGAGAAGUAUCCGAUAGGCACUGGACUCGGCAGUCUCGCCUCUGACCAGAGUCGAUCAGCGGCGGCUGCGGCAGCGGCCGUGCAACAAGUGAGCCGAGACAUGUACCAGAUGAACGGGUACAUGGCCAAUGGCUACCCGAGCAUGAUGCACGAAGCAUAUCAACAACAUGCCGCCAGCUACGGCACUGCCGCCUCAAUGGCCGCCAACGGCGGUCUCUACGGGCGCUACGACAUGUCGCAGAUGACCAUGCCCGGCGGGUCGAUGCCGAUGGCGUACAUGAACGGCUCCUCGAACUACUCCUCAAUGGCGCCCAUGUCCGCCUCUGCCUACUCCUCAAUGGGCUCCUCCGCCAGUCCGAUGUCUGGCACUGGCUCUUCACUGUCCAUCAAGUCAGAGUCAUCGGGGCACAGCGGCAACUCUCCGAGCACCAUGGCGGCCGCAGUGGCCGCUGCAGCCCGCAGUCGUCCUUGCAAUAGCGAACUGCGAGAAAUGAUCAGCAUGUACCUGCCACCGGGCGAAACCGACCAGAGUCGACUUCAAAUGCAAAACCACUACCAAAGCUCCGGUGAACAUCCAAUGCCACUUUCGCACAUCUAG